AUGCCUGCAGGACCACCAUGUCCGUCGGAAAUACCUACAUAUUACCCAUUAACCCUACAUAUAAUAGCUGGUAUUUCAAUUCCAAUAAAUUUCAUCGCGUUCUAUUUAGUUUGGUUUCAAUCUCCGAAAAUGCAAGGGUACAAGUAUUGCCUAUGCUAUCUACAGGCGGCAAGCUUCAUCACAGAAAUCCACAUGUCCUUCCUAUGCCCCGGGUACUAUUUUUUCCCAAUGAUCGGUGGAUACAAUACGGGUGUCGAAUUUAUCAGUUCCCAUACAUCCAUGUCAAUUUAUGUAUUCAUUUUUGCAUUCGAGCUACCUUCAGCGCUUUUAUGCUUUGUUUUCCGGCAUAAUGCUGCUCAGAAUAUCAGUCGGACAGCCCCGAACAAAAAAUAUUUCAAAACGUUCACAUUAUUCCUGACGCACCUGUUCCCGUUUGCAGCUGCAUUUUGCAUGUGGAAUUCUAAUUUGACAAAUCAACAAAAACAGGAUUUCGUGGAAGAAAACUGGCCACAAUGCACGCAAUGGCUAAAAUUUUUUGCUUUUGAAGUCUACGAUUAUAUGCUGAAUCCAUGGCUUGCUGUUGUUGGGAUAGGAGCCGUUGCUCUGGUUUUUAUGGUUUAUGGCUACGGAUUGGGUCUCGGCACGCACACAAUGAUGAUUCUGCAGAGAUUUCGAAAAUCCAUGUCUCGUCAAACAUAUCAACAGCAUAAAACUGCACUUUUCAGUUUAGUAAUGCAGCUGUUGAUUCCUGGAGUUUUGAUUAUAGUACCACUUGGAGUUUGUAUGUUUGUUGUAGUUACUGGAGAAGUUGGAUUGCAAGAGGUCGCCACCAACACAAUGUUCCUUGUUGGCUCUCAUUCAAUGUGCUCCAGUGCAGUUAUGAUUUCCAGUAAUCCAAGGCAUCGGAAAUAUCUUAAAGAAAAAACUAUACAAAUUUUGAAAAUUACCCCAAAUACUCGACGAAUCGCCAACUCCGUAGAGCCGAGCCACCGGACAAAUAGUUUGGUCCCUCCGAAUUCUCAACAACGGGCUCAAGCGCUAACGGCAACUGGAUAAUUUGCGAAAUUUUACCCCAAAUCUUCCAAAAUGAAAAUUGUCACGUUUCCCUCAAAAAUCCGAUAGAUCAAAACUCCCACACCAGAAAAAUGGCAGACACAUAUGAUUUCCAAAACAUAUAAUUUUAACUUGGUUUCUCAUUCAAAAAUCUUCUUGGAAAUAAUUUGAAAGCAUACUUUACACAAACAAUUUUCCAAUUUUCAAUUGGUUUUCAUUCUGGAAAAAAAUGCCUGCAGGACCACCAUGUCCGUCGGAAAUACCUACAUAUUAUCCAUUAACCCUACAUAUAAUUGCUGGUAUUUCAAUUCCAAUUAAUUUUAUCGGGUUCUAUUUAGUUUGGUUUCAAUCUCCAAAAAUGCUUGGCUAUAAAUAUUGCCUUUGCUAUUUGCAGAAGUUAUAUUUGGAGAAACUCUUUCUAAUUUUAACUCAUUUAUUCCCAUUUUCAUCCGCAUUUUGCAUGUCCGCAAUGCUUGGAAUGGCUGAAAUUUGAGGCUUUUGAAGUCUA